GCAGGCAGCAGCUGGUUUCUUGCUUGGCUUACUCAUCGACCCUUAAGAUGGUGACGAUAUGUUCCUCCGAAACACCGGGCUCUCUGCGUUACAGCUCGUGUUCUCACCCCGCCCCCUCAACUUUUAAUUUGCCCCAUCUUUGUUUCCAAAAUUCCGGUUCUCCCUGUCAGUGGCGUGCAGCAAUCAGAACAUUGUACAAUCUCGGCGUGUGGUGAACCAGAGGAAUAUUUAUAGCCCCGUCUGUUUCCUGGCUCCAGUCUGGAGCCGCCGCCCGCCCCCGUGGGGGGAGGGGAAGCCGCCUAAUUUUAGCGCCUCGUAGCGACGAACUCUGCCUCAGAGUGCACGUACCCGGCUUCAUGUCCGCACGAGUAUUCGAAGACCCUGAAGAAAUGUCGAGUGGUGUGGUAAUGGGAAAGAGGAUCGUGGGGCGGCCCCGGCUCGUGGGGGUGGGGCAGAGCCGUGCGGAGACCAGCCGUGGGGGGCUGCACUGCUGCUGCUGCACUUGUUGCACCUGUGUCGGCCUGCAGUUCCUCAGGACCUUGGAGGGCAAACUCAAGCUGUCUGAAGUAGUCCUGGCGGCCGUGUGUCAGAGCCUGGUUCUGAACUACGGAAUGACGCACUCACAGACGCUGGGACCCUCAUACGACGGUUUCCUGACAACAGUUUCAUCCUGCCUGCUGACGGCCAGCAUCCUGCUCGUCUGCUACUUGCUGUCCGAUAGGUCCAUCGGCCUCCUGAGGACCUCUCUGUUUGAGACGCUGUUCAACGCCGUCGCGGCGCUCCUGUACUUCUCCUCAUCCAGCUACUUGUCCUACGCUGUCAACAUUUUUCUGAGGCCGCUGUACGUCGUGACGCCGUUCUUCCAGGUCUACCCCGCGAUGACAGCGGCUUACAUCUUGGGGCUUCUUUUGGGCGUCGUCCAUGGCUACGACGCUUAUCUGGCCUACAGGCAAUUCCGUGGCUACGGCUGAGGCCGCAGUUACCUCGCCAACAGAAGAACAUACCGACGUCUGUACACUCACCGGGCCAUAGACUUACUCUGACGAGAUAUUUCGCCUUCUCUGUUUUAUAUUGUGGUCUUAUGUCUGAUCCGAGUUCUGUCCUGAUGAUGGAGGCAUUAUCUUCCUGAACAAAACGUUGCUACUCACCUACCAGGCUACACGGUGUCUUAACCGACAUCUCAUAAGGCUACAAUCUGAAAUGUAUGACUUUCGGUGCCCUGAAAACCUUAAAUCGCAUAAACAGGGUGGUCCAGGGUGACGCCCUGGCGUUCUCCUGGGUACUGGGGCGCCCCCUCCUUUACAAACCCCGGGUCCUCAUGUGACCCAUCGCCUUCUCAUUAUGGCUUCUUUAAUUUCCGACUUCCGUGAGGGAGACAUCAGCCUCUUUACGUUCCAUAAGCCGUCUGUCGUUCAGCUCUCCACUGAAAACUGCAAAGCUAUCGUUACGUGAGGAGACCGGCUUCGUAUCCUGCCUCGUACACAUUCCCUUCAACCUGCAACAGCGUGCUCGGCCGACCUGACACUGAGGACCAGAGCCCCGGUCACGUGAUAUGAUUUGCGUCGCAAACCAAUACUGAAACUGAUCAUUUCCAAAAAAAAUUUAAUAUUACAAGAGUCUUGGGGACACGCAGUAGCGUAGUUGGUUGAGGCACUGUGCUACAAGC